GCACUCAUGUCCAGGGAUCUCAGAAGAGGAGAAGAGGUUAACACUCUUAAGGACAAAGACUUCUGUGAUAUUGAAGACAUUGUCAAGCUAAUGGCGUUGGUCAAACUUGUUACCACCAGCAUGUGUAAAGAUAAGCGGCCCACACUCUCAAUGAUUUCCCCUGUCAGAGCGAAGCUUAAAAAGAACUUUGAAGCAUCACAUGAAGACUCAGUGGUAAUCAGAGAGAUGAAACAAGCAUUCAGAAAUGACUUGGAGAAGCGCUACACCAGCCUAGAUGAUCUCUUCAACACUGCAGCAGCUCUGGACCCCCGCUUCAAGUCUCGUCCCUUCCUGACGGACCAUGAUGCUGAGCGGACGCACACAAGCAUAACAGCAGAAGCUACAUCCCUGCAUAACAAGGCAUUAGCAACAGGGGAUCCAGUCCAGAGAGGCCCACUACAGACAAAUCCAUGUCAGACUGAACCUGCCCUUAGCGAUCUGGACAUCAGCAUUGAUGUACCCAACACCCAAGAUGAGCCAGAAGAUGAUGGCACUCCUGUCAAAAAGAAGAAAAUGUCAGCGUUGGACCAGCUGUUGGGAAAAGACUUUGAAGUGAGGAUGGCAGCUACAUCUGUAAGAGACAAGGCCAGUGAAGAAGUCAAGAGGUACAGAGAGCGUGAUCCAUUGCCCUUAGAAAAAACCCACUACAGAGGUGGAAAAAGCAGCAAGACUUGCCACUGCUGUCAUCUCUCGCUAAAAGAUACCUCUGCAUCCCGGCCACCAGUGUGGCAUCUGAACGGGUGUUCAGUACUGCCGGAGAUAUUGUUUCCACAAAGCGCAGUCUACUCAAACAUGAGCAUGUGGAUCAGUUGAUUUUCCUUAAGAAAAAUCUGCCCUCCAAAAGAACAGUGGACAGUGAUGAUGGAUAAGAAGCAGUCUGGGAAAAUGCACAGGCAUACUGUAGGUGAACCACGUUACUGUGUGUGAUGUAAAAGAAAUAAUGAUUUGUCACUUGUCAAACUUAACUGCCAUGUGAGAAUAUAAAUGUAGAGCAGCACUCUGGAUCAGAUUACCUUACCCAGGUCAAAAGGCAGCAGUUUGAUUUAUUUUCUUAUCUUUAAUCUUUUACAUAAAGCUGACUGUGUGUUAAGCUUUGUUGAGAAUAAGAAGGUGGUUUCUGCUUUGUCUCCACUUUGGUUCCCCAGGCCUGAGGCCAAAUUUUGAGAUUAACCCCAGGGGUCAUCGUUAUAAGGUUUGCACAGUUUUGUUUAUAGGUGUGUAACUUGUUUACAUUGAAAUGUUGCACCUUUGUGGUACCUACCUC